GUAUUCUGCAUCUGCGGGUACGUGAAGUAGAAGAAUCGACUUAUCUGUCGCCGUAUUGUCUUGAUUAAGCACGGAAUUGCUAUCCUAUCUGCAGUAACUGAUACAAUCACAGAUCUACAUCAAUUGGCAGAAUUAAAGAUCUACACUGAUUGGCUGAAUUGAAAAUCUACAUCGAUUGGCAGAAUUAAAGAACCACACUGAUUGGCUGAAUUAUAGAUCUGCAUCAAUUAGCAGAAUUAAAGAUCUACACCGAUUGGCUGAAUUGAAGAUCUACGCCAAUUGGCAGAAUUAAAGAACUACACUGAUUGGCUGAUCUGUGCCCAAGAUGGAGGAACCAUCUUCUAUAUCUGACACUGUAAUCGAGCAAGGAGUUGUGGCAGAAUCUCCUAAAGAGACCACGGCGACGUGCAGUUCAGACGAAACACCAAGCACGGACAAUUCCAUCGGAAACGAUAUAACUGUCAUGGCUGAUUCCUCACCGAUUGAGAAGGUGGAGGAUGUUCAGAUGGUGGAACAGCAAUCAGAAGAAGAGAAAGGGCCAGAGCAGGGGGAGGGUGUAAAAUUGAAGGAUCAGCCAAUGGACAUGAGUGAAGUACAGGUUGCAGGAGCAGGUGCAGCCUGCAGUGUGAUGGACACUGAAACUGGGGAAGUGAGAGGAGCAGAGGGAGGCAUUCCAGAAGCCAGCACAAGUGCUGCUGUAGCUGUAAUGUCUGAGGCAGUUGCGUCGGGUUCCGCCACCGCCAGCCCUCGUUCCGCGGCACAACCGGUCCAAGCUUACCACGUCAAGUGGGUCUCGUGGCGCAACCAGAACACGCCGAUCAUCACGCAGAACGAGAACGGCCCCUGCCCCCUAAUUGCGAUCGUGAACGUCAUGUUGCUGCGAGAAACCAUUCAAAUACCACAGAUGGUGGAGAUGGUGUCGGCCAGUCAGCUCUUUGAAUAUCUUGGAGACCAUUUGCUUUCAAGAAUGCCUAAGGAUGCAUCAGAUGACAUUCAGAAGAAUUACGAGCAGAAUAUGCAUGAUGCCAUGGAAAUCAUGUCACGUCUUCAGACAGGGCUAGAUGUUAAUGUUAAGUUCACAGGGGUGAAAGAUUUUGAGUACACCCAGGAGUGUGUCGUCUUUGAUCUACUAAAUAUCGCCCUCUACCAUGGCUGGCUGUACGACCCCCAGAACCUCGAGGUCGUCUCCGCUGUGGGAACAUGCAGCUAUAACCAGCUGGUGGAGCGCAUCAUCGCUACCAAGUCAUCAGCAAACGAUGAAGACGUUAGAAAAGGUCUUCUCGCAGAGCAGUUUCUUGCCAGCAACGCUUCUCAGCUCACAUACCAUGGGCUGUGUGAACUGAACUCUACCAUAAAAGAAGAGGAGCUGUGCGUAUUCUUCAGAAAUAACCACUUCAGCACGCUCUAUAAACACAAUAAUGAACUGUAUGUGUUAGUGACAGACCAGGGUUUCUUGACCGAAAGCAACGUCGUCUGGGAGACACUGUCUAACAUAGAGGGCGACAGCUACUUUGUUGACGGCACGUUCCGACGGAGAGCGGUUACGUCUGGUCCCCUUAACCCACCCCCUCCUAUGAGUACAUCUCAACAAAUAGACACAGACCUACUUUUAGCUUUGUCACUGCAAGACACCAAUCCACAAGGGGAGGGUGCAUCAAACAAUCAACAGCCCAAAACAGGGGAAACCCCUCCAGCAGAUGUGAGGCUGCCUAAGGACAUGUUAACAGACCACCAAUUAGCAAUGCAGCUCCAACAGGAGGAAGACUACAGAAUAGCACAGCAGAUCAGCCAAAAUGAGCAGGAACAGCAACAACAAGGACAACAGCAGCAACCUCGACGUAGCCCUUCAGGUCAGGUCGCUGCUAGGCCAGUAGGUCAAAGGUCAACAAGGUCUUCGCCGAGGCCGCAGGGCCAAGGUGCUCCUAAUGGUGAUGGCGAUGGGUCAAGAAGGAAAGAGGAGAAGAGUUGCAGCAUUCUAUGAGGAUGCCCAUCAUGUGACUAGAAACCAUCCCACAACUGAAUGAGUAUAACUUCAUGUUAUAAUAUUUGCUAUCCAACACGUGCUUAUGGGGUAGUGCCCUGUCCUAACACCGGCCUGUAUUAAAAAGGUCAUUUCCUUAGCAUUGUAUAGGUAGCCAGAUAUGACUAUUGCCAGAGCUACCAAGUCUCACGCAUUAUGCGUGAGAUUCAAGCAUUUUGGACUCUUGUUCAUCCCCUCAAAUCUCCGUCUCACGCAACUAUCACAGCCUAU